AAAAUACACAUGUGUUAUUAAAAUGAAUAUCUUAACAAAAUACUUGUGUUUGGCUUUGGUCGCUUUGGUAUUAAUUGAUUUUGUUCAUACUUAUGAUACGAAUGAAGAAAAAGAGAAAUUUGUAAAAAUGGUAGAUAAAUUGCGCAAACUUUAUAAAGAAGAGAAACUAAAUUAUGAAAAUAUCAUAAAAAAAAUUUACGAUUGCGCAAAUGCACACAUUGGACAACCUGGAUGGGUAUGUGAUUCCGUUAAAGACGCGGUUUUUGAUGGAGACGAUGCUAUGGAAGCUAUAUCGUUUUUAAUGAAUAAAUCGUCGUCGUGGUCAAUGGGUGUGAAUGAUUGGCAUAACUGCAUUUAUUGCUUUGAAAACAGCUUUGGAAUUUAGAAGAACUAAUUAAAUAAUGUCCCUUUUAAGUUGUGUACCUAAAAUAAAUUUUAA